AUGAAGAAGCCCAUCGCGACCCUGGCGCGGCCGCUACAGAAGCGCGCCCUGUCCACAGCUACCAAAACACCUCGACAUCUUCUCUCCAUCUCCAAUCUCUCAGCCACCGAGCUCCGUACGCUCGUCGACAAUGCGACAGUCCACCGUGCCGCCGGCAUCGACAACUUCCCAUUCUCUCCUCUUGCCAACUCCCUCUCCCGCAAGAACAUAGCCCUCAUGUUCUCCAAGCGCUCCUCCCGCACCCGUGUCUCGACCGAGUCCGCCGUGGUAGCCCUCGGCGGCCACCCCAUGUUCCUCGGCAAGGAGGACAUCCAGCUCGGCGUGAACGAGUCUCUCUAUGAUACAUCAAAAGUAGUCUCAAGCAUGGUGUCCGGCAUCGUUGCCCGCGUCGGCCCGCACUCAGACGUCGUCGGUCUGGCAAAGGACAGCUCCGUGCCCGUCAUAAACGCGCUCUGUGACACGUACCACCCGAUGCAGAUUGUCGCAGAUUUCGCUACGCUGACACAAACAUAUGGCGUGACGGCGGAUAAGCUGUCAGGUCUGAAGAUCGCGUGGGUAGGGGAUGCCAACAACGUGCUUUUCGACAUGUGCAUCGGUGCGCGGAAGCUGGGCGUCGAUAUGGCCGUGGCGACGCCCAAGGGUUACGAGAUUCCGCAGAAGAUCAAGGACGAGUUGCGCGCCGCAGGCAGCGGCGCUUUGACCGAAACCAAUGUUCCGGAGGAAGCUGUGAAAAAUGCAGACGUGAUCGUCACCGACACCUGGGUAUCAAUGGGCCAGGAACAGGAGAUGCAGAAACGACUGAAAGCAUUUGCGGGAUAUCAGGUAACGGAAGAGCUGGCGAUGAGGGGCGGUGCAAAAGAGGACUGGCGGUUCAUGCACUGCAUGCCGCGGCAUCCAGAGGAGGUCAGCGAUGAGGUAUUCUAUGGGAAGAGGAGUUUGGUGUUCCCGGAGGCGGAAAAUAGACUAUGGUCAGCGAUCGCCGUAUUAGAAGGCUUUGUUGUCAAUGGCGGGGAGAUCAAGAAGACUGCAUAA